CCGGCGGGGGAGCGCGGAGGGCGGAACCCGAAGCCGCUGCGUUUCGCCUGACACAUCGGGCUGUUUGAUCACCGGACCGCGCCGCUUCCGGGGGAGCAUGGGCGGGCGGGGACUUCGGUGCGUUUGGCGGGUUUUGGUGACUUCCUAAAGCACCGAUCUGCCGACAGCUGUUGGGGCCCCAGACGUGAAGACGCAGUGAGCCUGCCGCCGCCGGAACAGGGCGCUACCGGCACCCCGAUGGCCGGGACUCUGGAUUUUAAGACUCAUGUAGAUCAGGCUUGUAGAGCUGCUGAGGAAUUUGUCAAUAUUUACUAUGAGACAAUGGAUAAAAGAAGACAGGUAUUAACCAGACUGUAUCUGGACAAGGCCACUGUAGUCUGGAAUGGAAAUGUUAUUAUUGGCCUGGAUGCCCUGUUGAAUUUUUUUGACAUGUUGCCUUCUAGUGAGUUUCAGAUCAAUGUGUUAGAUUGCCAGCCAGUUCAUGAAUAUGCUACUCAGGCCCAGACUACGGUUCUCGUUGUGACCAGUGGAAUCGUGAAGUUUGAUGGAAAUAAGCAGCAUUUCUUCAACCAGACUUUCCUGCUAACUGCUCAGUCUUCGCCUGACAGUACUGUGUGGAAAAUUGCCAGCGAUUGUUUCCGUUUUCAAGAUUGGUAUUGUAAUUAAAAUGGCAAAAGUCUAUUUUGUUUUGAUCCAUUAGUUCCAGCAACAAGUAUAUGUGAAUUAAUUUCCUUUUGAAGGCAUUAUAAGUUAGUAUGUGCCCUCUUUGCUUUAAUUUUUUAUUCAAACAGCAAUAUUACUAGCUGCUUCAACUUGGAUAGUUUACCUUAAGAGCUUUGAGACUAGUUUUUUUGCAUGUCUUACAUACAUUCUUGCAGUAUAUUGAAUAUGUGAUUUCUCCACUUAACUUACUCACUGUGAGCCCAACUUACUGCAAAGGUGAAAUCCUUUCAUAAUACUAUCUAUGGAAUAAUUAGCAGAAUAUAACCCUCUGGGAGUGUUUUUUUUUCUUAUAAGGUUAAUUUUGUUUUGUUUUGUUUUUUGCUUUUUGGGUCACACCCAGCGAUGCACAGGGGUCAUUCCUGGCUCUGCACUCAGGAAUUACCCCUGGCGGUACUCAGGGGACCAUAUGGGAUGCUGGGAAUGGAACCCAGGUCGGCCGCGUGCAAGGCAAGCGCCCUACCCGCUGUGCUAUCACUCCAGCCCCUAUAAGGUUAAUUUUUAAGUAGAACAUAGACCUACUGUAGUAUUCACUGUUUAAUACAGUCUUAAUUUAAGGCAUUUACAAGUCAGAUCAAGGAAAAUGUUACUUAUUUAGGAUUACAUAACUAUUCUGACAUAAUAGACUCACAUAUAGAGAUGUUCAUCAGUCUCUAUAUUAAUUUUUUUAUCUUAGCAUAUUUUCUUAUAAAUUAAUAAACUAAAGGAGCUUAAAAUGUUCUCUAGUAAUACUUGAGUAUUUGAUGUAGUGGGCUUAAAAGAAGAAUUCUUUAAAAAAGAUUUUUCUUAGCAGCCCCAGGUCUUUAAUUGUAAGGAAUAAAUGGUAGUAGGACAAAUAGCUUUACUGGGAGAAUGAGGAGUGAGAAUUUUAGGGAUCUGAGCUCAGCCAAAUGUAAAUAGGAGUGGCUAAAAGGGCAAAGUUUGAUACUUAUUUUCUACCUCCUAAAAAGAUAGCGUACUUUUUGAUAUUAACUGAGGUAAGAUCCUGCUAAUGAUCAUGCUUGUCACUUUUGUUAUAAGAGAUUUUAAAGGUUUUUCUAGUUCACCUCAUACAUAAUGCCAAUGGAUUUUUCAAUUUAUUCAAGAACCCAGGGUAAGUUAUCAGCAAUAAACCUGACCUUGCAGCAAUGCCUGAUAGGAAGGUUGAAAACAAAGCCAUUCAUAUCUCUUUGGGAAAACUUUCAUUUCUAAGUCUUCCAUGUGAACUUCAGGCCAAAAGUAUCCUGUGUAUACAUGCUCCCAAAACAUGUGAUUUGUUCUCUGCGUUUUACAUUGUUAAUUUUAUUAUCUUUUUAUCUUUUCAAUUGUUUAAUUUUGUGAUUUAUUUUUCUAUAUAUCAUCAAACAGACUUUUAAAACAAUUUCCAGUUAUGUGGUGCUUUGUUCUUAUAAAUAAUAAAUAGAGAAAAUUAAAGCUUCAUAAUCUUAAGAACCUGGAGGAAAAUUUGUCUCAAAAUCUAAAGAUAAAGAAGACCUAAUUUUAAUUUUUGCUUAAACUGUCUCUUCUGAAUUUAUUGUUUUGAUUAUUUUUAACUAGACAUAUUAGUUUGUCUCUAGAAAUUCAAAAUAUUUGUCAUCAACUUGGAAACUUAGGUAAUUCAUUACUCUUGCCCUAAAGAAUACACUGGAGAAAGAGUUAGAACUAAAAUUUAGAGCAUACCUCAUUGUACAUAUGUGAAUUUCAACGUGAACUUUAGUUUUAGAUGAACCUUUUAAAACUAUAGCAUUAGCAGCAAUAGUUAGAGUACCCAAGUACUGCCUUUCCCCCUGUGGAGAACAGUAUCAAGUAAAAGCUGCAUAUUAAAAAGCAAUAACUGAAUUCAAGUGGUUAUAUACUACUCACCAACCAUAUAUUUUGGGGCUUGCCUAUGAAUUGCUUUUUCUGAUCUCUGUAUAAUUACUUUCAAAUGACUGGAACUGCUCUUAUAUAGACGAGACUGUAUUUUUGACAUGCACCUAUUUUUGUAAUUUGAAAAGCUGAAAAUAAAAUUUGCCUU